ACCAGUUUUUUCAUUUGUGUCUGGCAGGAGAAGCCGUCGGCUGCGGAGGGUCUGAACUCCCUUUUACGGUCCAGUUUCAGACGAAAGACUGUUUAAAAAGACAACGGGACUGGCGAUGGAUAACAGUAAACGGACGGUGGUGGUUACAGGUUUUGGGCCAUUUGGAGAGCACACAGUCAACGCCAGCUGGGUAGCUGUACAGGAACUGAAGAAGCUUGGACUUGGAAGUGAAGUGGACUUGCAUGUUUUAGAAGUUCCUGUAGAGUAUCAGACAGUCCAGAGUUUGGUUCCUUCAUUAUGGAAGCAGUAUCAUCCACUGUUGGUCGUUCACGUUGGCGUCUCAGGUAUGGCCACCACCGUCACACUGGAGAAGUGUGGCAGAAAUCAUGGCUACAAGGGCCUGGACAACAGCAGCUUCUGUCCUGAUUCGCAGUGUUGCAUCGUGGGAGGUCCAGACUGUAUCGACUCAGUUAUUGACAUGGAAUCGGUCUGUAAGAGAGUGACGGCCUCGGGGCUUGGAGUAGCUGUUUCUGUCUCUAAAGAUGCUGGAAGGUAUCUCUGUGACUUCACCUACUACACCUCUUUGUAUCUGAGCCAUGGUCGCUCUGCCUUCGUCCAUGUGCCUCCUCUUGGAAAGCCUUACAGCGGUGAAGACCUGGGCCGUGCACUGAAGGCCAUCAUUCAAGAGAUGCUCGAGCUUCUGGACCAGGCCGAGGAGAAGAUCCACUGCCAACAGCACUUCCACUAAGUGACCUCCAGAAGUCAACCAGCCUCUUCAGCCUUUACCACACAGGAGAACUUGCACUUAACCACAAGUAGCCAAACCUCUUUUUAUUGUCUUGGACAAAACAAAAACUUCCUUGUUUCUGAUCUUUCCAGCAUUUAUUUGUCUUUAGCUGCUUUCACAUAUGCACUCCUGAAAAUAUCUAGAUCAUUUCAGGAGAUGCUCUGGAGAUUCUCCUGACCUGGCUGUUCACAUAUUCACCUACCAGCGGGAGUCUAUCCCUGUCAGACGGGGGGGAAGUGGCCGGUGAAGCAAUAGAUUCCACUAUACGUUGCUAUAAUGACAAUAUUUGCCUUUAUAUCAAUGCUACAUGAAGUUUGACGGAAUCACACUAUUAACAAAAGUGCGGAGAACAACAUACUGGUGAACAGAAAACAUAAUGCGGCAGUUUAAUUACGUGCACAGAGAUAGUAGCGUUUGCGGUGCACCUGUCACAGGACAUAAACGUUACCACCCCCUCCUACCCGCUCCAUGUGAAUUGUCCGGGUAACUGAGUGCUGCGUUCUCACAUCAGCUCACUCGGACUUAAUGCGCAAAAAACAUUUAGGCAGCUGGCAGGAGAAACUCUGUAAAAAGUCUGAAAAGCUCCUCCUGAAAAUAUCAGGAUUUAUUUCAGGAGUUUUCUGUGUGAAAUCACUAUUUGUCUUCGGUUUUUGCUUUGUAUACUACUUGCCUGAUUAUCUUGUGUUUUAAUGUCUCCCAAUAUGUGUAAAAAAAAAAAAAUGUAGGGUUUAGCUGAAAAAAACAAAACACCUGAUCCCAUUAAAAAGUCACACUUUAGAUGAAGAUUAAAUAUUCUGACUGCUGAGUUAAAAACUAUACGAAAAGUAUAAUGCUCAUUAAGAGAACACAGACACAAUGGGCUGUUAACAUUUGUUUGUAUACAUUGAGACCUUAUAGACCUGUAGUCCUAAAUGUGACUCCUAUGAUGCACCUAAAAGGCGGUUAGGGUUUUUUCAAAUGGUUAGAGAAGUCCCAUUUGAAAACAUGGCUGAGCGAGUAUUUAACUCUCAGGAUAUUUCAUCCUCAAGUUUUUGAUUUCACAUUAUGAUUAAUUCAACUGUUUACGUCCAAAGGUUUUUAAAUGUUCAAUGUACCCAAUACAUAAUGGUUUUAGUAGAAAUGAUUAGCAGUGAACUGUGUUUACUCAUUUCUGGUUCCUUUUAACUACCUUCUUACUAUGUGGUUUCACACUUGAUGUUGAAUUGUUUCUUUAGUCCUUUUUCUUUAUAAGAAGUUGUGAAUUUGCCUUCUUUUACAAAGGUUAUUUAAAUCAGGGAACGGGUUGGUUCCAGCUCAUAUUUCCCCAGUUUGUCUGGCCCACUUCUGACAGAACAACCACAAUUCCACGCUACUGAGAUCUGGCCCAAGGCUGUGCAAUGUUAUUUUUUUUACAGAUCUCAGGUUCACUGAUUUCUAUUAUGGCUUCACCAUUACAUUCAGAUAGCUGUCCUGUUCUUAAUCUAAAGUGCAUAUCCAAUAAUAAUACGGUAAUUAGAAAAACCAAUAUAUUUUAGCCCUUAAGAGAGAUACAAAGCUUUUCUGAAAAUGUUCCAGACUGUGAAGAAAAUUUGUGAUUGUAUUUGAAGUGUGCAACCUUUCAAGCUCAAGUAGUACAAUCCCAUGUUUUCUCUUUUUUUGUCUAGCCCUUGUUUUUUAUACAUUGACAAAAGUUUUCUGUUGUGCCCGUCAUUGACUCAGAUUUAGCUGCUUAUUUUACCUGAGGAUUCGAUUUCAUGGAUUUGGACUCUCAGUUCAGUCAGAGUUGGGCCUGGACUUUCUUUUCUGUAGCACUUUCUUUUUUUUCCUUUUUUUUAAAAUGUGACUUUAUCUGGAAUAUUAACAGCAAUUUGAUUUGUGAAAAUGCUUUUUUUCAGCCACUUUAAAUUGAAAUAUGUAGCUUUCCAGGCAUGCACACAUGCAUUUUAAUGUUUUUCUCUCCAAUUAUUAUUACUAUGGAUGCUUUAUCAGUGAGUCAUCAUUUAUAUCCUGUACCUUUGGUUUGUUUAACCUGUUAAACAAACAAACAAACUGUAGACGACUCUACAGACAUUCUAGUUUUUAAAGGUCUCUGUUCUGCCUGAGCAACCUAUGUAUCCAAAGCAAGACAAUUUGUUUGGAUAAACUUAGCUGAAUAUUGUUUAAAACUGUAAAAUCUAUCGAGGAAACUAAACAAUUAGCUUAACAUUGCAGCAGUAGAAGCCUUUUAUUUAAUUUUUUUACAAGGUCAGUAAUGUAGCAGCCAGUUAGAUUGCGUGAAUUGUCAUUAGUUUUUAGCAGAGUAUGUUAUUUUAAUUCAAUUGUUUGUACCAUAACGUAGCAUCAUUGAACACCGAGCUGAACACAUGCUUGAAUUGAAUCUUGGCAUUCGUUUUUCAACCUACAUCUUUGGUAUGAGGUUUUAAGAUCUGUUUUGAAAUUACUGAAAUAGUGGGCAGGGUUAAGUUCCUUGUUUGCAGGUGAGGAAGUCAAAGGGUUGUGGUGGAUCUGACCCCCCCCUCCCAAAAAAAUCCUGCCAACAUAUAGUGAAAGCCUCGAGUUUACAGAUGAGGUGAUGUCUGAUCCUGACUCUUUCCUGUGCCUUGUAAUUAAUGAGUGUUGUGAAAAGGCCUUAAAAUUGCUCAGCAGUUCAGUUCAAAGAUAUUUUAUUGAUACUGUCCAGUCAAAUGUGUGGCUACCUCAAAUGUAUUUAUUUUUAUCUUGGUGUGUGCUCUGUUGUACAAUAACAUUAUGGCUCUGUGAAUUUAUUGUGAAUUUCUCUAUUUGGUAAGAAUCCACUUUAGACAUUAACAAAGCAACGUUACAAAAAUGUAAUCUUUGCUUUUUAGAAGCAAAUGCUUGGAAAUAAAGAGAAUGAAAUGAUAA